GGGCUCCGAGGCCGGCGGAAGAGAAGGGAGGGUGUUGCCAUGGUGACUAACGCCGCGGCUUCCGGCCUGAGGGGCGGGGAAGAAAAAAGGGGCGGAGCUCCUUCCCGCUGCCUCGCCGCCGCCGAGGAGGAGCCGCCGCCGGGUCGGCGUUGCCAUGGUGCCCAGCAAAUGCCGGCCCGCCGCCGGGACCAGGCCCGGCCACGCCGUGUCGGCUAACAAUUAUGGGCUUCAGCUAGUUCUCCAAACCACUUCAGCUGCUGAAAGAACCAAACCUCUUGAGUUCAGAUUGCACAAAGAGCAGCCAUAUCAUCAUAACAGAUUCUUGCAGCAUGAUCAUGAAAAGAGCUAUUCAGGAAAACUAGAUGGAAGGUUGAGUCCUUUAUCGCGCAGUAAAAAACUGUAUGUUCCUGUAACAAAUAAUUUUGCAGAUGUGCCUAGUCUGGAGAUAAAAUAUGGGGCAGGCUCUCUCUCAGCAUUUGGGGACUGCUCUUUCCCUACCCCUGCAAAGUACAGAAUUCAACAGGGCUGUCAAAGUGUUGGUGGAAAUAUCCCAGAUAGUAUCAGUUAUGGGAACACCUCUUUUCCCCUGGUGCAUCGUGCUACGGAUGAGAAAACGCAGCACUCGGACCGGUUGACCCUGGAAAGGCAAAAGCUGACCGUGUGCCCCAUUAUUGAUGGCGAAGAACACCUGCGCUUGCUCAGCCUCCAGCAUAACUGCAUUACUCGGAUCCAGAAUAUUUCCAACCUGCAGCAUCUUAUCUUCUUAGAUUUGUAUGAUAAUCAGAUAGAGGAAAUCAGUGGCCUUUCCACCCUGAGGUCACUCCGGGUCCUUCUGUUGGGGAACAACAGAAUAAGGAGAAUAACAGACCUGGAUAACCUUGGAAGCCUUGAUGUCUUAGACCUUCAUGGAAACCAGAUUGCCAUCAUUGAAAACCUUAAUCAUUUAAGUGGUCUCAGAGUGCUGAAUCUUGCCCGGAACGGUUUAACAUAUGUCGAAAACCUCAGUGGACUGGAUUCGUUGACAGAGCUCAACCUUCGAUAUAAUCAGAUCAGAUUUGUGAAAGAUGCAGACACGUUGCCCUGCCUCCAGCGUCUGUUCCUCAGCUUUAACGAUAUAUCUCGUUUUGAAGACAUUCUGUGCCUUGCCGAUUCCACGUCCCUCUCAGAAAUCUCUUUAGAUGGCAACCCCAUAGCGCAGGAGACAUGGUACAAGCCUACUGUUCUCCACCAUAUGAUGCAGCUCCGACAGCUAGACAUGAAGAAAAUCACAGAGGAAGAAAGGCGUUUGGCAUCCGUCGCCCUGAGGAAAGAGGAAGAAAAGAGACGCGAGAACCACAAGCAGACUUUGCUGAAGGAGAAGAAGCGCUUGACUAUUAGCAAUAUUGCUCGUCUGUGGGAGAGCCAACAGAAUCGGUUCGCCCCAUCUUCGGAUCAAGAGAACAACAAAGACGACGAAUCCUGCCAAAAUAACAGAAGUUCGGCAUAUGGAUUUCCUGAGCAAAGCAGGUCCCUCGACUCCCUCUUGGGCAAAGCCACCCCAGGCUUGUCCGUCCUGGACUCUCAUUUGGUGGAAAUUGAUGGCGGCAUCCUCUACCUCUACGGCUCUGGCGCUCUGGAGUCACUGGAUCGGAACUGGAGCGUUCAGACGGCCGGGAGCAUUGCCACCGUCUCUUUUAUUUUCAUAGACUUUGAUGAAAUCGUUCCAGUCUUGCCAAAACUGAAGAUUAAGUUUCCUAAUUCUCUGCACUUGAAAUUCAAGGAGACCAACCUUGUCAUGUUGCAGCAGUUCAAUGCCUUAGCCCAAGUUCGCCGCCUUGAGCAGUUGACCGUUGAGGCUCAGGGAAAUCCGGUUGUCACCUUCACCUUAUGGAAAUAUUAUGUUCUGUUUCGAUUGAGCCAUCUCAACCUGCAAAAAAUAGAUGGGAUCGAGGUUACACAGAACGACACGGUUAUGGCUGAACGGCUGUUUGGUGUGUUGGCCUAUGUGGCGUCUUCAGAUGUACCCUAUUACCGCUUGCUUUCAUUACUCGGAGAAGGCAGGAAGAAACAACUGUGUUACCUUUUGGAAGCAAAGGGGAAAAAACCAGGAGGUGCCAGCGAAGACAGCAACGACUACCACCGAAAGCUUGGAGUAGAAAAUGCUGGUCGGUUGACAUUGAAUUAUACCCCACGAGAAUCUCAGGCUGAAAAACUGGAGGAAAUGAAGGACAGGAAGAACUUCUGCCAAACCUACAUCCAAGAGUUAGUGAAGGAAGCGGCUGACAUCAAUAUGAAAAACGAGUCGUUGCAGAAACUCUGGCCUCAGAUCUUCAUUGAACUCGUCAGGGAUGCUGUGAUGGAGAUACGCAACAAGGACUCCUACACGAAGCUCAGCUUGCAACGAAUUGCUGCCGAUCCGAAGUCGUAAAGAGCACGGGUUCCCUCCGGAUGUCAGUGUCCUGUUGUCUUGUUUUCCAUCAAGGCCUCAAAUGGCCUGAUGCAUUUGCCAUUGCUCCUGGACAACUAUUUAAAUGAUAUCGAUAAAGGUUGCCUUGAAAAAACCACACUCUCUCUCUUACACACACAGAAACAUACACACAAAAUGUGGCCUUUUUCACAUUUUUUGGAUUCCCUUUCCCUGGCUCAAACUUGCACGAGUGUGUAUACACCACAGGCUUCAAACAGCAGCGUGCAGAUAAUGUGACACCUGUCCUGGGUAAUGGUCUGAAUUCCCACGUCUCUACUUAUUGCCAUGGCUGCUCUUGCUGCAUUUUACACAAGGACACUUAAUUUAAAGGAAAGGCACCCCACUCCUCUGGACACUCCACCUUUCAGUGUUUUCCUUCUCUUGCUGCUGUCGCUGGGGGGUGUAAGGUGUUGAACACUGGAAAUUUAAUAAAUUAUUCUGUUUAUAAUUG